GUCACCUUCGCCGCGGACGACGACAAUGCGCCUCCCGAGCUCACCAAGAUCGUGAAGGGCAGCGGGCUGAGCAUCGUCACGCGCGCGGAGAUCGCGAAGAUGAUCGGGGCGCACUCUGUAGAGCCUUCCGAGAUGCUGCCCAUGGAGGUGGUUGCGGGGCAGAAGGCUCCAGGCGCUUCUGGCUAUCGGCGCUUCAAGGCGCGCGGCUGCGUGUGCGGGGCGGUGGGCCCCUCGGAGCAGACCUUUACGCAACAUGUAGACAUUGCCAGCCUCCGCAUGGCGCUCGCCGUGUGCGCGCACCGUCGUUGGAGCGUGUCGGCCCUCGACGUGUCAACCGCGUUUCUGAGCGCGUUGCUCCCUGUGGACAAGAAGCGAGUGGUCAUUCGCCCACCGGCCAUCUUCGUCAAGUUCGGGCUGGUGCCGGCGGGCGAACACUGGGCGGCCGAGAGGGCCAUCUACGGCCCGAGGUGCUCGCCGAAGGCUUGGGGCGAUCUGCGCGACGCGGAGCUCCGCAAGCUGACGUUCACCGUCGGCGCGCUCCAGUGCCACCUCGAGCAGUCUGCCGUCGAUAGCUCGGUCUGGCUCGUCAAGGCGAACGGGGUGGACGACGUCUUGGGCUAUGCGCUGAGCUACGUGGGCGACUUCUUGUUCAUGGGCUCCGAGGGCGUGGCAUGGGCCCUGCAGACCUCCAUCGGCGCGCUCUGGACUACGAGUUCCCAGAAAAUCAUCUCCCCGGACUGUCCGGGAACCAUUCGUUAUUUGUCCAUCGACAUCCGCAUAGGCCCCUACCGCCUGACGCUGAGCCAGCACGAAAACGUCCACGACAUGCUGAUGAAGUGGAACAUGGCCCAGUGCAGCGGCUGCCAGUCGAUCAGCCCCGACGAUGAGAUCUACCUGCCCUCCCAGCCCGAGGACGACGAGGAGAAGCCUGACCCUGAUGAUGUGCGCGGUGCGCAACGGAUGGCAGGUGGACUCCUUUGGCUUUCGAGCCGCACUCGGCCAGACCUGUCCUACAGCGUCUCGCGGAUCUCAAGCCAUGCGACUCGGAGGCCGCGUGCGCCCCUCGUUCUGGGCAAGAGGGUCUUGCGGUACUUGGCGGCUACCCGCCUGUUGGCGCUGGUCUACGUGCUGAGCACCCCCCGCGAGCUGCAGGACCUCAUCUGCCAGUUGGACGUCUUCUCGGAUGCCAGCCAUGGCGAUGCGGGCGCGCAGACAGGCGUCGUUUGUUUCAUGUAUGGGCGCAUGCUGGUCGACCGGCGCAGCUUGAGGCAGCAGUUGGUCUGCUUCUCGACGGCCGAGGCGGAGAUGAAUGGUCUCGCCCUCAGCUGCCAGGCGCUCUACGGUCCGGAGGCGGUCGCCCACUCCAUGGAGCUGCAGACGACCGCAGUCCUCCACGGCGACAACCAAGCGGCGAACCACAUCGCCGAGGGUCGCGGCAGUUGGAGGACGAGGAGCCUUAUGACUAAGGACAACGCCAUCCGGAGCCGAGUUGAACGCGGCAUGUUGGAACUGAUCUACGUGGUGACGGCUCUGAUGCGCGCCGACGGGCUCGCCAAGAGCAAGGGGCCUCACCACGUGGCGAGG